UGUGUGUGUGUGUUCCUGGCGGUGACGUCACGCCUGCUCAGUAUGGCGGCUGGUGUGGUGGAGAUUGCAGGGAUGUGGUGGCCGGUGAUGGCGGCGCUGUGCUGGGUGGUGAGCGGGGAGAGUUCGCUGUACGUGGCCCGAGAUCCUGGCAUACAUAUCCUGGACCGGAAGACAGUCAAUGCCGCUCUGUACAAUUCCACCUCUGCCUGGCUACUGGAGUUCUACUCCUCCUGGUGCGGACAUUGUAUCAGCUACGCCCCCACCUGGAAGAGCCUGGCUGAGGACGUGCAGGACUGGCAUCUAUCAAUAAAGAUUGGUGUGGUAAACUGUGCCGAUGAGGACAAUACAGCCAUAUGCAAGGACUAUGGUGUCCAGUUCUAUCCAACAUUCCGGUUUUUUAGUGCAUUUACAAAGGAUAUUACACAAGGUGAAAACUACAAAGACUCUGAUAGAAACGUUCAGACAGUUCGCCAUGUGAUUAUAGAUUAUCUGCAGGCUUCCCCUACAGAACACCAGCCUCCUGCGUUACCUUCCCUGAAGACAAUUGGCUCAAGUGACAUCAGCUCUCUCCUUGGCAAAAAGGAACCCCAUUACACCGCUAUCAUUUUUGAGAGCGAGAACUCCUAUAUUGGACGGGAGAUAAUGAUGGAUUUGAUGCAGUAUGAAAACAUUUUGGUGCACAGAGCGUUAAGUUCAGAUAAGGCUCUGUCAGAGACGCUUGGUAUUGUCUCUGUUCCAUCAUGUUACCUGAUCUACCCCAACGGUACUCACGGAUUAAUUAACAUUGCAAAACCUCUGCGAUCUGUCUUCUCCUCUCAUCUAAAAUCCCUGCCUUCUGUAAGGAAGAAAGCGGGGGCACACUCUGACUAUCCACCGAAGCUGGUACAGGAGGAUGAUAAAGAGGAUGUUGUCUGGAAAGAGUAUGACAAGUCCAAGAUGUACACAGCUGACCUGGAAUCGGGGUUGCAUUACCUCUUGCGUGUUGAACUGGCCACCCACCAGACACUUGAGGGAGAGAAGCUGAAAACAUUUAAAGACUUUAUAACCGUCUUGCAUAAGUUGUUCCCAGGGCGCCUCCAUGUGAUGAAGAUGUUGGAAACACUGCAGGAGUGGCUGGCCAGCAUGCCUCUGGACAAGAUUCCUUAUGAUGCCAUCUUGGAUAUAGUCGACAACAAAAUGCGGAUUUCUGGAAUCUUCCUCACAAACCACAUUCAAUGGGUGGGCUGUCAAGGCAGCAGAUCCCAGCUGAGAGGAUACCCCUGCUCCUUGUGGAAAAUCUUUCACAGUUUGGCCAUGCAUGGUGCCACACGACCUGAAGCCUUGGCUAAUACUGCUUUUGAAAGUGACGCGCUGGCUGUUCUGAAGGUCAUGAGGCGGUAUAUUCGGGAUUUUUUCAGCUGUCGUGAGUGUGCACAGCAUUUUGAAGCCAUGGCUAAAGAGUCUUUGGACACUGUAAAAACAGCAGAAGAAGCAGUCAUGUGGCUAUGGCAAAAACACAAUGUGGUCAAUAAUCGACUGGCUGGUGCCCCCAGUGAAGACCCAAAAAGCCCAAAAGUGCAGUGGCCAACACCUGACCUUUGCCCUGCAUGCCAUGAAGAAGUGGGUGGUGUCCACAGCUGGAAUGAAAAGGAGGUUUUUGGCUUUCUCAAACAACACUACAGUAGCAAAGAGAUCUCCCUGCAAUACGCCGACCUCAACACUGACCAACAUGAUGUAGCAGACGAGAAAAGUGACAAACUCCCUACAAAGAGUCCUGGAAGUUCUAACUCUGACAAAGACAAGCUUCACAAACCCCCUAAACCUGAAUUUUUAGACAAGUUGAUUCAAAAUGAACCAAACCAAAGCAAAAAUUCCAACUACCAUCCUGAAAGUAGCAAAACGUCGGUGACUUUCUUAGGCCUUGGCUUCUCCAACAUAGAUAUGAGUCUGUGUGUGGUCCUUUAUAUAACCUCUUCAUUAUUCCUUAUGGUUAUGUACUUUUUCUUCAGAGUCCGCUCAAGACGGUGGAAAAUUAGAUACAAUAAACCUUAUGUAUAACUGUUGUUAUAACAGUUUUUUUUUUUAUUUAAAUUGUCUCACUAUUGACCAUUUAAGACCACAAGCAUUUUGUACUAAUUGAAGAGCCAAGUCUGGUAAUCAGGGAUAUGCUUUUUGUGUUACUAUACAUUUUAAUUCUUUAAAUUGUUCUGAAGGUGCUGCUAAGAAAACAUUUGUGGCUUGUUAAGGUUGCCUAUUUUUUGAAAACUUUUGGCAAAGAUGUUCAAAGGCCGGUAAACGGGCUUUUUUUUUACAAGGUUUUUAAUGCGUUCAUCUGGGAAGCCUUUAUUUCAAGUCUUGUGGCCUUUUCCACCAGCCUGGACAUGCUUCAGAUCUAACUUGAAUAUGAGAGCCUGCCUGGUGAAAAAUAAAAUGUUACAUUCCUUCAACUAUGUAAAGGAAUAUUCCAAACUGCUGUGCUCAUCUGGAACAAACAUAUUGGACCAGGGUUUGAUCGUCAACCCCAGAAAGAAGCAUAAGACAUAUAUACUUGGGUUUCCCCAGAACCAGCUGGUUCAAAGUAAAGUGUAAUAUAUAUUUUGAAACAUGGAUUGCGAACCUUAGGUGGUGGUGGUUGGUUUUUUGUUUUUUGGCUGUGCUUUGAAAAAAAGGCAUUCACAAAAACAUUUAAACUUUUUUUGGGGGUUUUGCAAACCACCAGAAUGUAUUCGGUCUCUCUCCGAGAAUUCCAUUCGCCAAAGUGUUUGUUUUUAUUUUUGUUUUUCUAUGGAAGUGAAAUUGCCAUUUUAAACAAAGGAAAUUACAUUGGUCACUCCUGUUGUUUUUUCUCUUUAAAUUCAAAGAAAAAGAUUAACGAUUUUUGGGCUGUGACAUCUAGCAAAGCCCUUUUUUUGUAAAAGGAAGCAGAGAAGCCUGGAGGCCGGUAUUUGUGGAAUUUGUUGUUCUGAGAAUUACAGUUUUGACCAAACCUGUCCCCCUGUGUGUAUUAUGCGUUUUUUGUGUUUCCUUCUCAGGCAGGUUUAUAGCAUUAUGUUCAGUGCUGACAGUGCAUAAUGUAUUAUAAAAGCGUGUUUUGCUUUGCAACACAUUCAUAUGUGCAGCCAUAUUGUAUUUUCUAGUUGGGAAGCUUCAGCACAUUAAGCUACCAACCUAGAGGAAGUUUGCAGAUCUGUAGUUUUUAUUUAAUUCUGAUUUACUUGCUUCAGGCUUGUUUUGGGUCAGUGAUUUAGAAAGUAUUGCCAGAGGCACCUAGGCCUCUAGCAUUUUCAGGAGGUGGUCGGGAAAGGCCAUUGCCAUACAUGUCUCAGCACCAGGUUUUCUUUUAAAGCUAAAUUCCAAGAAAUUCAGCAACUCUGCAAAAAAGCAGACACACUAGGAGUUAAGUCCAAGUAGGUGCAUGUCGCCUCAAAGACUUAUCUUUUACUAAUAUGUAACUGGUUUAUUGCAUUCCUGGAGGAUACACUCCAGCUGUGAGAGGACAGAAGCACACACAACAGUGGCCCAUUCACAGAAGCCUUUGUAUUUUGAGAAUGAGUUCACAUAAUACAAGGGCUUCUGUGAAUGGGCAGGAGGGGAGAGUGGGUGGGCAUAGCCAUUCCAGCGACUCCACUCUUGAAGAAACAAGCAGCAUUGAAGCUCUGGAAGGAAUUUGGACCUAAUGGUAAUACUCAUGGUAUGCCUGCAAUUUUUGCAAUUAUGCCUGCAACCUAAACUCAUUGGACCUAAUGGUAAUACUCAAAGUGCUGAAUUCCUGGAGUUUGGCGUUAACUUUUUAUUUAUUAAAUGGUUAGUCCACUCAAAAAA